GUCACAUGGUCCACCUGUGCUCUUGUACCUGCUGUACUGCACUUCUGGCGACGUCUUUCGUAUCAUGGAAGAUGCUCAGAACGAUAGCAAUCACGUCAAUUUUGGUUACCUCAAUACAAGAAAUGGCCGUAUGCUAGUAACCGAAGGUGGUCGUACUGCUUGCAAGGCCAGUCCCAAUACAGACUAUGGAUAUGGUGUAGUCAUCACGUCUCAACCGAUAUCAGGAGAAUCAAAAUUUGAAGUUGUCAUCAAUCGUCAUGGCAACGGUUGGUCUGGAUCUUUCAAAAUUGGGUUACUGGCUGUACCGCGUGGAUGCCUAGAAACGUUCAAUGUUCCUCGUUAUUCGCCUGAUUAUCCUCGCAGUUGGGUGUGGUCAUCAGCACGAUUGUAUCAUUUUACUGAUCAAGAACAUUCACGCAGUCAUCGUAAUUGUGACGAGGGCUUUAGCAAUAUAAACUUGGAGACGCUAAAAGAAGGAGAUACGUUUGGGUUUUGCAUUUCUGGUAGUGGUGAGUUGAUCUUCUAUGCAAACCAAGUGAAACAGAACUCAGUUCAAAAUGUAUAUGCUUCAUGUCCUGCUGGCAUGGAGUUGUAUCCCAUGGUUGAUCACUAUGCUCAAGGUAUUGGAACGACUAUUACGUGGUCUGAAACUAAUAUAGAACGACCACGGAAUUUACAAUAUCUGUGUCGAAAGGCUGUUUUAAAGUGUCUUUCUGGUAGUGAUGACGUGAACAGAUUACCUUUGCCGAAGUCAUUGAAACAGUACUUAAAUUUGGUAUCCCUGUGAUUCAGACGUGAUUAAAUUGUAGAAUUUUGCUUUGUUUCUAUUAGCCACAUGUAUAGUGGGUCAUUUAUUAAUUGACAUAAGCGUUAGGUAUUCUCUUUUCUCUGUUACGACAUGACGA